AUGAUUACUGAGCUCAUUCAAGAUUCCAUAAAUCUGCAGAGCUUGCCAUUUUCGAAGAAUUUGUAUUUUUAUCCUUAUGAUGUGUCCUCGGAGAAGCUUUGGGAUUUUCUCCGCAUAUACUACAAGAACACCUUACAAGGGCUGUGUCAAGUAUGUGGUUUGACCAGGCACAUACGUUCAGUAUGUAGUCUGACCAUCAGUUUGACCAACCAGCUGUUUGAGAAUAUCGAUCACGUUUCAAACCUGCCCGCAAAGUUACCACGUUAUUUUUUAUGGAAGUCAAGGCAACCAUUGACCAUCCUGGUAUCACCCCUGUGGUCAAACGCCAAAGAUCUCCUCGACAAUUUCAACCGAGCAAGAUCGAAGACACUGAGCAAUCUCAGCAAAAUUAGUCUCAAAGCAAUAACGGAUUUUCUUACGGGGAAUUGUAUACUCAAAGGAAACCUGAGGAAGCUUGAAUUAGAGAAGGACAGCACCUGCAGAUUCUGCGGAAAACAUCAAGAAACAUCGCACCACAUCUUGCUGGAGUGUUUUGCUAUACUCGUUGUCGCCAUCAUAACUUCGUCGGCUCAUGCAGGCUACUCGGGAGCAGGAUACUCGGGAUCUGGAUACGUAGGUCCAGGAGUCGCUGCUCAAUACGCAGGCACAGGAUUUGGUCACGCAGGCUCCGGAUAUGCUGCGCCAUUAGGCCACGCUGGCGCAGGAUAUGCUGCUCCCUUGGCUACUGCAGGAUUCGCACCAGCAGGAUUGGGUCAUGCUGGACUGGGACAUGCGGGAAUUGCUGUGGCAGGAGGACCGAUACCUAUAGCGGUCGGUGAUGGACAUGAGAUAGACUAUUACGCCCACCCCAAGUACCAGUACAACUACGGCGUAGCAGACGCGGUCACUGGUGACCAGAAGAGCCAGCACGAGGCCAGGGACGGGGGAGCCGUCAAGGGCUCCUAUUCCCUGGUGGAGCCAGACGGGUCUGUGCGCGUGGUUGAUUACGUGGCCGAUGACGUCAACGGGUUCCAGGCGGUGGUCAAGAAAAUCGGGCCCACAGUGCACGCAGCAGGGGCCCACUACGGCCACCAGGGGCAUUACGGGCACUAUUAGAGGGGCGGGGGUUUGAGUUGGACUUACCCAAGAUUCGUUAUAGUCGAGUUGUUGUCGUUCUGAAUGGAAACCUUGUUAGUAGGCAAUAUUUAUGAUAUUGUUUUUGUUGAUCACAUUUGCAGUAAGCUGGUGACCUCUAUUCCGAAACUAAUUUAUUUAUUCGUAAUUCUGACCCUACAAAAAUUCGAAGUUACUGUCAAGUUUCACUUCUCUGUCAAAUUUAUAAUUGAACAUUUCUCAUGAUUAAAACAUUACCAAUACACUAGUAAGGAAAUGAGGAUGCAUGAACAAAUGUUGUUUAUGUAAUGAUUACAUUCUCGAUUCAUUGAUGUUAUUUGAAUUUCGAUAGAAACCAGAAACUUAUUAGUGCUGUUGAUGGCAUGUAAGCCAGUUCACUUUUUUUAUUGUUAAUAAUAACUAAGCACCACAUUAUUCUCAUUCCUGGAAUAACAAUUCAUUAUGAUAAUAGUACAUUAUACAUCAAGGGACAGAAAUGCAAGAUUUUUUCCCAGGUGCGAUUUGUAGCUCGAGGGCGAUGCCCGAGAGAUACAAAGCACCGAGAGAAAGCAUUCUGUCUUGAGGUGUAUAUAAUAUUUUUUACGCUGGCAAAAACACAGAAAUUAAAAUAGAAUAAGAAUUUUGUCUCAGUGUUUUGUUAUAAUUACUUACUUGAAAUUUGGUACAAUCCAAUCAAAAUUAUGAAUUUACUGGGAUGACGUCCAUUUUGACAAAUAUCCUAUUGACAGGCAGAAAAACAAGAGAAUGAAGAAAUAUAUGAAGUAUUUGGCUGAUCGAGUCAACACUUGGGUAUAACUGAACUUGGGGAAGUUCCAAUUCUUACUCAUAAAAUGUGAUUAUAAUAAUUUAUUGGCUUUCUCGAUGACACGUAGGAUAGAUGAUACAUCCGUAUUUUAGGUUAGGAAAUCUACAUCCUCCAAUCAUUGUUGUGGCCAUUCUCGCUUCUUCUGGUGGUUAUCGAAUUAGAAUAAAUAGUUUGAAAUAAUAAAGAAAUCGGGUGAAAAAAAUGCCACCUGCAUGUGAUAGAAUUUAAAAAAAAAAAUACUCUCCUGAGAGCAAGCAGUAAAUACCGAUAAUCAGUUGUUUCAGUAAUAGUAGUAUAGAUUCUGCUUCAUUUCAUUUGUGUUCACUAAUUGAUCUUUGUUUGUUGUUAUGUCAUCAAAUUAAGUUAAGUUGAGAAUUCAACUAUUUUUUAUAAAAUAUUUCAUUUGAUAUCUAUCUAUCUAUGUAUCAAGUUAUAUUGGCAAUAUUUGUUUUAUAUCUAAAAUUUUUUUUCUAGGACAUAUUCAUGAUGCUUUUUGUUAUUGAUUUCCUUUGUCAUUCAUAAUUAUGCACGUAUCGAAAUAAACUGAGUGUAUC